AUGACCGUACGUGUCGUAUCAUACAAUAUCUUAGUACCUAGUUAUUCUGAUAAACCAGAGAUUUAUUCUAAAUGUCAACCUGAAUUUCUUAAAACUGAUUAUCGGUGGAAUCUGAUUCGAUCUCAAUUAGUACAAGAAAUUCAAAAUCAUGAAAAUACGAUCAUAUGUUUACAAGAACUCUCAUUGACAUUGCUACCAGAAUUUGAAUUAUUUUUUCGUCAGUUAAAUUAUACAUUAUUUCAUCAUUUGUAUGGUGGACGUCAUAACGAUUGUAUGGGCACAGGUAUUGCCAUUCCAGCUUCUACGGAACUUAAUUCACUUUAUAUUAUAAGAAUCGGAGAUCAUAUACACUCGAUCAGUAAACCUCGUAAAAAAAACGAAAAUUCUUUAACAUCAGAAUGUAAUUUAAACGAAUCUGAUACACAAGAAAUACUUCUUGAUACAUUAGAUCCAUGGGAAACUGCUAUGGGUAGAAUCAAUGCUCUCAUUUGUAUCAAAGUUACGAUUAACAAUAAAUCAAUUCAUAUAGGGACGUACCACAUGCCUUGCCUUUACAAAGAUCCUGAUGUUAUGUUGAUUCAUUCUUCAAUUGUGAAAGAUCUAAUGUUUCAUUUAGCAGGUAGACAAAAUUUUAUUCUUGCUGGUGACUUUAAUUUCGAUCCAGCAGAUAUUUGCUAUAAAGCCUUAACAGAAAAAAAUUAUCUUAAUUGUCGUUUACCGGAAUCUAGUAAAUAUGAAAUUUCCUAUCAACGUAAUGCUGAACAAGUAUUAAAAAGUGCUUAUCGAGAGAAAAAUGGGAUCGAACCAACUUACACAAACUUUGCUCAUACACCAAACUGUCCAGACUAUUGUGAUACAUUAGAUUAUAUAUUUUUUAAUGGUAAUCUUACUAUAGAGAAUGUGUUGGAAUUACCAGAUCAUCCUUUUGGUGAAUCUUAUCCAGAUGAAACACAUCCAUCAGAUCAUCUUAUGCUUGCAGCAACAAUUCAACUAUCGUAA